GAUUUUGAAUCGUAUUCCAAAUUAUUACGGAGUCUAUUUCUUCUUAAUAUCUAUGAUCAUAAUAUUGUAUCGCAUUUUGUCAAUUUUUGGAUGAAAAUAGAAGGAUCGUGUUCAUCUUUUGAUCCAGAAGUCAUCUGCAACUUACUUGUCGCUUGUUUAUAUUUCCGCAUAAACCAUAUACCCAUGUACAACACCCUUCUUCUUCAGCUUGUGAGGCUCGAAAAUUCUAUUAGAUCUGAAAUACUAAAGGAUCUACAACUGGUAGAAUUGAUCAUCCGUUCAAACUAUUUCAAAGAGCUCGAAAAAAUCCGUAGUAACCAUGCAGUAUUUGAUUUUCUAUCGAGGAUUAAGGAUAAGGAUGUUGAAGAGAUCAUAACAUCAUCACCGUUACAAAGGGAAAUCGGUAGAACCGGUACAUUUAUCUCAUACACACUAAUUGAAAACGUUAAAAUUGGGCCUUAUUUCAUUGACUUCUUAAAUCCUAUAAACUUGGAUUCCCAUAUGUACCUCUCGGAGGAUAAACUAGAGUUACCCCCUCUAAAUUUAAAAUCAAGUGAGUUUCCAGAAAAUAUUGGUCCAAAUAGUUCUCAGGUAUAGCUAUACUUGUGGAAGAUUCUAGAUGUCUUUAUCAUAAAUCAAACGAUAGAACAUCUCUCUCAUUGUUAAAAGAGGAUAUAAUGAAAAGGCUUGGAAUCACGUACAUUAUAAUAAGCGAAUCCCACUGGCGCAAACUAGAUGGAUGGACUGAAAAACGAGAAUAUCUAGAAUCAGUACUUUCAAAAUGUAG